AUGUCGCCCCGACUUAAAUUGCUGUGGCUGUUUCUCGCGGUUUUGUUAGCCGGCGAAGUCCUGGGACUAUCAAACAAGAAUCCCUUGAGAGUCUCGGAAAGUGAUAUACAAUCAUGUGAACCAAUACAGAAGCUUAGUGCACUGAAGGCACAGAUAGAGGAUGGGGAGUCGCCCAUUCUGCGGCAGAUAUUUGCGUGGCUCUUCCCUUUUGGACCUGGCUGGAAUGCGAUACUGGGGACGUUCUAUAUCAGCUCCGUCCCCAAUUUGAUUCUCGCCUUCAUUCCUGCGCAAAUCAAUCCAGAAACGCUAAAUACUAUGACAGCUUUUGCCACGGGAGGGUUGCUGUCAGACGUGUUUCUGCAUCUAGUGCCGCAUUCAUUCGUUGGGGAACACCAGGAUGAUGGUGUUCACUUUGUGAUGGUUGAAGAGAAGAGAAAUAUCCUCGUUGGCUUGGGUAUAUUCAUUGGCUUCGCCUCAUUCUUCUUCAUGGAGAAGACACUCCGGGUACUAGCUGGCGAAGAUGCAUCCGGAGGACACUCUCACUCUCAUUCACACUCUCUUUCAGACUCGGAUGCUAAUGGACACGCGUCAGGCGUUUCAACUUCGGAAAAACAGAAUGGGCUUCGUUCGCGGGCAAAAAACGAAAAGGAAGAUUCCCUCGAGAAGAUUGACGUGUCCCCGACGACAAACUCAGGGCCUUCUAAAUUAUCCGCAUACCUUAAUUUAUUUGGAGACUUCGUUCACAAUAUCACUGACGGCCUCGCGAUGGCUGCUUCUUUCUACUCUUCACCUCUGAUAGGUGCAACAACUACACUCGCAUGUUUCGCACACGAGAUCCCCCACGAAAUUGCGGACUAUUCGAUACUCGUUCGCAGCGGCUUCACCAAAAAGCAGGCCAUGCAAUCUCAAUUUCUCACCGCUGUUGGGGCUUUCGUGUCCAGCACCUUUAUGGGUAUCGCUAUUCAUAAUGCGACUUCCUCGGAUGCAGCAAAGAUCGCUAUCGACCUUGCCGCUGGCGUGCGACAGGAUGCAGCUGGCAUCCUAGGGACAACAACCCAUAUUGGGGACUUGGUUAUCCCUUUCGUGGCAGGGGGGUUCUUGUACAUAGGUGCAGUUGCUGUCUUGCCAACGUUGCUGGAAGAUAGCAAAAGCGGAAAGCAGGCCAUACGAGAGUUCGCAGCGAUGGCAUUUGGUGUCGUGUGCAUGUUCUUGGUAGCGUGA